UUAUGAAACAUAAAACAAACCACCCCCACUUGAAAGCUAAUUAUUGAUUAUUUUUAGUCAAAGAGAUCAUCUUCUUGUUGAAAACAAUGGCAUCCUCAGGUACGACCGGUAAGCUCGAUAUCUAUGUGGAGAUCAAGGCAUCUCCCCAGCAGUUUCACGACAUGUUCACCAACAGACCGCACCACGUGCACCAUACUAGCAGUGACAAGAUUCAAGGAUGUGAUCUACACGACGGUGAAUUCGGGAAAGUCGGCACCAUCCUCAACUGGACUUAUGUGCAUGAUGGAAAGGCUAAAAAGGCAAAGGAGUUAGUGGAAGCUGUAGACCCUGCUAAGAACUUGAUCACUUUUAGAGUGCUGGAGGGAGAUCUGCUGGAAGAUUACAAGAGCUUUGUAUUCGCCAUUCAAGCUUCCCCCAACCGCGGGGGUAGUGGCAGUGUAGUGCACUGGACUUUGGAAUAUGAGAAGCUUCAUGAAGGGAUUGACCAUCCUGAGAGUAUGGUGGAAUUCGUGAAGGAUCUCUCCAUUGACAUCGACGCUCAUCUCACCAAACCAAACUAAAGGCGUCUUGGUUUCAGUACUACUACUUGAAGCACUUCUCGUCUAAGUAAGGAAUAAAUCCGUGGCUGUCUUUCUUAUUUGUUUCAGUAUAUGUUUCGAUGGAUAGAGUGUUGAAGAGAGCGAGCUUUCUGUUUUAUUGAAUGUUAAGUGAUGUAUGAGAUUGAAUGUAUCUAUGCUUCUACUUGUGUGCUAAAUAUAUUAGUGUGUUUUAAUAA